AUGAGGGUCCCAAUCGCACAUCUUGGGGCGCUUGUUGGUCGAUUUCAUGUGUAUCAGGCUUGGGAUGCGUGUGCUAGCACUUUAUCGGAACAAGCCAUAUCACAGCAGCGCACAUUUGCUCGAAGGUGUGUCUGGUCCCAGCAGUUCCGAGAAGUCGAGUAUGCGAAGGCCAAAGCCAGCGAAAAUGAAGUCAUGACGUUUGUACGGUACUGA